GUGUUCCUGCAGCGCCUGGUUGGGCGCGCGCGCGUGGAGGAAAGGGUUCAUUUCGGAGCGGCCGGGUUUGGCUCGUGACACACAGACCAGAGAGAGAGAGACACAGAGACACAGAGAGAGAGAGAGAGAGAGAGAGAGAGGACCGACACCGAGCUCGAGUCUCAUGUCUGUAGCUUGAGCGUCCUGGCCUGACAUGGCAGCUGAGGAGAACGAAUGCUCGAGCCUCCAGCUCUCCAAACAGAGCUCUGAUCCCGUGAGAUCGUGGGAGUUGGAGUCCUUCCUGACCAAUCACACACUCAGAUUCGUGUCCCGACUUGAUGAGCGCUACAUGUGCCCAGGCUGCAGUGGCGCCAUUCUUAACCCCCACCAGACAGGCUGCGGCCACAUCUUCUGUGCCAAGUGCAUAAGAAUGUUCAUUGAGAACAGCGACACAUCCAAAUGUCCCUUAGAUGGCAUUUUGAUCAAGUCAGAAGAGGUUUUUCAAGACAACUGCUGUAAAAGAGAACUACUAAAUCUCGAAGUUUACUGUAGCAACACUCCAGACUGCACACAAAAGGUUGCUCUGUGUAAUUUGCAGAAACACCUAAAGCUGUGUCAGUAUGAAACCCUGCAAUGCUCCAACCCAGGUUGCACUGACAUCCUGUUACGCAAGAAUUUACCAGACCACCAGCAAAGCCUCUGUUCCUUUCGCACAGAAUUCUGUCGCUACUGCACCAAGCCGUACCCCGUUACCCAGCUCCCGGAGCAUGAAAAGAUGUCGUGUCCUGAAGCUGAAGUUCAGUGUCCCGAUAACUGCUCUCAGAUGGUUAAGAGGCACAAGCUCAAAGGACAUGUCGAUGAGUGUCCAGAGGUGGAGACAGACUGCAUCUUUAAGCAAUAUGGCUGCACAGUCCGAGAUAAAAGAAGCAAAGUGAAAGUCCAUGAAUACACUGAAUUUAGCCACCAUGUGCUGCUUGUACUGGAGAGCAACAGCAAGCUCGCUAAACAGGUAGAUCAGCUACAGCAUGACUUGGCCCUCCAGGAGAGGGAGUUGAAGGAGAGGAACUUGCUUGUUGCUAAUCUUAACAGAGAGGUGAACAAGUGUGAUAACACGUUUUCUGCCAUCCAGAGGUCGGUGGUGGAGCAGAGGGAGUGUGUCUCCAGUGUUAAACAGGAGCUGCAGGAGCUCCGCAGUGUUCUGGAUGCCGAGUUGGCUAAAGAAGAGCUGAGCGCCCUCCGAGUUUCACUCGAUUCUCUCAGGCAGCAGGUGGCAAUGAUGCAGAGCCUCAGAGAUCACCUGGGAGCUUUAGGGCAGACGUGUCAGCGUCACACUCGACUCCUGGACAUCCAUGUGGAGCAGCUGCAGUGCAAUGAGCAGCGUUUUCGCCAGCUUGAGUCCACGUCGUAUGAUGGGAAGCUCAUCUGGAAGUUUCAUGACUACCAGCGCAGAAAAGACGCCGGUGCGCCGCUCACCUCGCCACCUUUCUACACCGGCCGCAGCGGUUACAAGCUGAGUGUCCGCGUGUAUCCGGAUGGGGACGGAAGUGCUCGGGGCACGCACCUCUCCCUCUAUGUCAUGGUGAUGAGAGGUGACUUUGACUCGCUGCUGCCGUGGCCAUUCCGCCAGAGCAUCACGCUGACCGUGCUGGACCAGAGCGGCUCACGCAACCACAUCAACUGCAGCUUCACCCCCGACACCAACAAAGAGAGUUUCCGCAGACCCACAGCCGACAGCAACGCCGCUUUAGGGUUCUCGCGCUUCAUCUCUCACACUGAUCUGGAAGGUCCCCGAAACGCAGUCUACAUACGAGAUGACACACUGUUCAUCAAAGUCAAGGUGGACACAACAGGGUUGGAGGAUCUGUAGAGCAUCCAGGGAGAACGGAUCAAGUAAAGCUGGCCUUUAUAAGAUUGUUUCAGGAUAUGAGUACAUAUAGUCAACUCCAAAAUUAAUGCCACCCUUCAUGACAAUGUCCAAAGACGACUACCACCUGUAAUGAGUGUUAAACACUGGUUUCAAAAUAAUUGGCACCCCAAUAAUUAAUACUUGGUGAAUCCUCUCUCAGAGAGAAUAACAGAGCAAAGAGAAUCUGGAUCAUUCCAUCAUGCACCACAGUUAAAGAUUUUAUUUAUUUAUUUUUUUAAUAUGCUUAGGUUUGUAUAUGUGGACAUCAUCUUCAAUUCAGAUUACAGUCUUUAAUGGGGUUCAAAUCCAAGCACCAUUUUUCGGCAGUAGAGAUGGGUUUUUGAUUUGGUUCCCUAACAAUCUAUGUUGAUAUGGAAGCCAUUAUCUUGUUGCUUUGACCUCCUGGCAGAGCCAACCAUGUUUUGGGCUAACAUAUUCAGUUACUACAGAAUUCAAAGACGCCUUAAAUCUUUACAAGCGCCACUCCCAUAUUUUACAUUGGGCUAUCAAGAGCUUUUUCAUGUUUUUCCUUGUCUCAUUUUUUGCCAAAUAUACAGAUAGGGUGUGUGGUCAGAAGGUUGGACUCCAAUGCAUCUAAACAGCUUACUGAUACGGAGAUGGUGUCUACUAGCUGAUUUUGAAGCCUUACAAUCCCAAAUUUUCCCUAUGAUGACCAAUUAUUUUUAUAUGCGAAAUGUCUUGUUGAUACGCAGAGGAAAAAGAACUUGGUCAAAAAUAAGAGUUCCUGGAGACUGAAAGCAUUUUUUUUCCCCCGCGUGAUUUUUAUUUAGGGCGGCACGGUUGUGUAGUGGUUAGCGCUGUCGCCUCACAGCAAGAAGGUCCGGGUUCGAGCCCCGUGGCCGGCGAGGGCCUUUCUAUGUGGAGUUUGCAUGUUCUCGCCGUGUCCAUGUGGGCUUCCUCCGGGUGCUCCGGUUUCCCCCACAGUCCAAAGACAUGCAGGUUAGGUUAACUGGUGACUCUAAAUUGACCGUAGGUGUGAAUGUGAGUGUGAAUGGUUGUCUGUGUCUAUGUGUCAGCCCUGUGAUGACCUGGUGACUUGUCCAGGGUGUACCCCGCCUUUCGCCCGUAGUCAGCUGGGAUAGGCUCCAGCUUGCCUGCGACCCUGUAGAACAGGAUAAAGCGGCUAGAGAUAAUGAGAUGAGAUUUUUAUUUUUUUUAGUUUUCAAUGCUAGGUGCAAAUAAUUUUGACAUACACAGUAUGGUGCAAAAGUCUUAGGUGGCCUUUUUUUCAUACAAACUUUGUUAUAGAUUUCUAUUACGUUAUCAAGUCAGUACAGUUGGUCAAGUUCAAUGCCCGAACCGAUGAUCACAUCAUCAGUUUUUCAUUGGCUAAUCAGACACAAGGUACGCCACCACUCUUGCCAGAGCAGUUGGGGAUUAGGUGCCUUGCUCAAGGGCACUUAAACCAGUCCUGCUGGUCCAGGGAAUUGAACCAGCAACCUUUUGGUCCCAAAGCUGUUCCUCUAACCAUUAGGCCAUGGCUUCCCCUUGUCAGUACAAAAAACAUUUUAGGAGCUCCAAGUGUUUGUUUUCCAGCACAAAAUUAAAUGCUACAGAAAAAAAUGUUUGUAACUGAGCAGCGUAUUACAUAAGAGCGCACUUUUCAGAUUAAAAAAGAAAACAUAAUGAAGGCUGCUGGGUUUUGGUGCAAAAUGAAGACGCGAGUGUGACAGUCAAAGUGUCCAGAAGACCUGUGGCUGGUUCUGUAAGAUGCUCAGUAAAACCUACAGCUCAUUUCUGCUUAAAACUGCACUCACUGGACCUGAGACGACUAUUUUUUUUUUUUUUAAAGCAAAGGGUCGUCUCACAUCAAAUAUUGACUUUGUUUCAUUUAUUAUGGCUUACUGCUGUUUAUAAUAUUUUUUUUAAUGUUGAAACAUUUUAUUUCAUUAUUUUUAAGCCAUUUUUGGUCCACAGCGUUUCUUUACACAUGCCUAAGACUUUUGCACAGUACUGUGUAUAUCGGAGAGAUUUUUUUUAAACCUGUUUUACUGGAGGAAAGCUAAACAUUUUCCCUUGAUUCACUGGAAAUAUCGAUUUCAUUGUGUUACACAUUUUAUAAUUAACGUUUAAUGUCUCCCCGAUUCUCUUGAAGGGGGCCUGUAAUUCCAGAGCAUUUAUUUAAGUUAUUUUCAGCUGCAGAUUAUUUUUUUUUUUUAUUGUGAAUUUGCCCCAAAAAAUGAGGAAAUAACUCUGAGGAGAAGCUGAGACACUGUCGAUGAGUCUGGUUUCUAAAAGACUUUGUAUUUUUAUUUUUAUACGUGGUCAUAGUUGUUCAAAAUGAUGUGUAUGAUUUUCUUAAAUAAAGAUCUGGUGCAUUUUCACCCGUUUGAAA